CUCGCGAUAGUUGCGGUGGCUGGAACAGAGGAGCAGAGCAGGAAACUUGACAUGUCAACAAAACAGAUUAAUAAUCACCACACAGGCAUGUAAGGUUUGUGCCGGUGUGGAAUAGUCUGACGGGUAACCUCACCAGGGACCUCGACCUCCUCCACCAGCAUCUUCACCUGCUGUCUCCAUGACAACCCCUCCGCUUGUGUCGCCCUUUGGCGGGCAGCCUCCGCCGCCCCAGCAACAGCAGCAGGCCCAGGCAGCACGGGACGUCAACACGGCCUCGCUGUGUCGCAUUGGCCAGGAGACAGUCCAGGACAUUGUCCUCAGGACCAUGGAGAUCUUCCAGCUCCUCAGGAACAUGCAGCUGCCUAAUGGAGUCACUUACCACCCCAACACCCACCAGGACAGGCUGGGAAAACUCCAGGAGCACCUACGCAUGCUUUCUGUGCUGUUUCGCAAGCUACGCCUCGUCUAUGACAAAUGCAAUGAAAACUGCGCCGGGAUGGACCCCAUACCCCCAGAGCAAUUGAUACCCUUUGUCGAGGAUGACAGCUCAAAACACGAGGAUCGCUCAGCUGCUCAGAGCCGCCCCGCCACCGAGGAGAGGAGAGAAAUCCUGGAGGUCAAUAAGAAGCUCAAGCAGAAGAACCAGCAGCUGAAGCAGAUUAUGGACCAACUCCGCAACCUCAUCUGGGAGAUCAACUCCAUGCUGGCUGUCAGGAGCUGAGCCACACACACUCGAACACACACACACACACACACACACACAUUUGUUACAAGUGAUGGACAAGAAGAUACGGUCGUUAACUGGAUGUGCGACAGGGUACCACAGACAGGCUGAGGCUGCACUUUACAGAAGAAAAGGGGACUUUAGCAAUAUCGACACUGAGGAAGAGGUGAAACAAUAGAAGUAAAACCAAGAGGAGACAAAUGAAGACACCACAGAGAGCGAGAGGAGACAAGUGAAGACACCACAGGGAGAGAGAGGUGAGGAGACACUGGGAGAGGCAUCAGGGAGGUUGGCGCCGGCAGAGAAUAUUCUGUCUACCUCGAUAUUCUACAUUUCAAUCAGCAUUAAGACUGAAUCAAUCUGAAGAGUUGAUAUAUUAUGUUUUAUCUAUUAGUAGGCACUAGCUGAAUAGAGGGUUUAUGCCUGUGAUAUAUUCUAUUUAAUCCUCAAAUUAUAUACGUCUGUUACUUGCCCAUUUCUUAGUAUUAGAAUUGUGUGAAGGCUGAAUAGGUUUCGUAAGGCCCCUUAAAACUUUAAUAAGACAGACAUACACUGUGGCGAAAUUAUGAGUCUUGCUAUAUUGAUCAGCUUUUUGUAUUUGAUCUAAUAUCAAUGUCACUCAUCGAUGUUCUGCUCUGAUUGGACUUGACAUGUCAGUGCGAUGCCUUGUUAAGGAUUCUGCUCAACCAUAAAUCUCGCUGUGAUUUUUAAAGAGAAGUCAACGCUGUUUUUUGUUCUGUGAUUUUUGUUCAUCGGUGUAUCUGUUGUGUGUCCGGCAACAAUGGCAGCUUAUGAAAUGCAGAGCAAAGCACAACUUUUUAUGUGUGUUGGUAGUGAAUAGAACAGGUAGCUGUAAUAUAAUUGCAAGAAUAUGAUGCCAAAACUAGUGUAAGAGCUUAAAUCUUAAAAUAUUAUUAACCAGUAAGGCAUUCUCAGUAAACACCAGCAAGCCACUCACCUCUGUGUAUACCAGGGCUGCCCAGAGUGGGGCCUGCAGGCCAUAGCUGACCGACUGUAAGGUUCGAUUUGGCCCGCCAGAUGUUUGGAUUUUUAAUUAUUAUUUAUUAGUUUUCAUAAUCUGAGCACAUCUGGCAGAGUGACAAUGCACAGGAAGUCAGUCAAUUAAGGGAAUUUGGGAUGUGAGUACCAUUUUGCAUUUUAACAAUCCAACACAAUAGGUGCUUGCUUUCAGCCCGUGGCCCACCAUUAACUUUCAGUUUUGGCUCCUGGUAUAUGCAUUUAAAAUAUAAGACACUCCCAGACAGCAGUAAUCCAACACAUCUGUAUACUGCGCCUACACUGCAUGGAUUAUUUUGGCUUGUUUUGUAAAGUGCUGAGUGGGACAAUUUACACUGAAGAAAUCAGCUUUUCACUUCUUACUAUCAAUCAUACAUAUCAAUACUUACAGUAUAUUUGAGAUAAGAUAAUAUCAACAGAUAUGUCAA